UCUAAAAACAAGAGGAAGUUGACUCCAACAAUUGAGAAUGACAAAAAUAAAGAAACCAUCAAAAAAACUCCAGGAGAGUUACUAAAGAACUCUAAGAAAGUCACUAAAGAGCUUCAAGAAAGUCGCCAAAAAACUCCAAGAAAGUCGCCAAAAAACUUCUAG